AUGGCACUUCAGACUAUCACUUGGAUGAGCGCCUUCCUCUGCCUCGCACAAGUUUGCUCCAUGCCCAUGCCUUGCCAGCUACAAGGCCAGCUGGUGCGAACAACCCACAACCUACUGAGAGACAUGGGGGGUCAUUUUCCUCUGGAGUGCCUGCAGCACAAUGUCUUCCUGGCAUUCCCAGCCGCCGCAUUUGCAACCGGCGCGCCACAGUUGAGCAGCAGCGGUGCUAAGGCUAUUUAUGAUACAUUGAAGAACAUCGACUCAUUGUUUGGAGCUGACGACCUGCCCACUAAGUGGGACCAACAGAAGUUGGAGAAUUUUCAGAAUAUUAUAUACCGCCAGAUUGAAGAGAGCAAAUGUAUGAUGGGCAGUGUGGAUACAAGUGAUUAUCCCAUCAGGGCAGAGGGACUGAAUGCAUACUUUGGGCACAUUGCAGCAGUCCUAAAAGAAAAGAAUUUCAGUUACUGCGCCUGGGAAGUGGUUCGAAAAGAGCUCCUGUACACCCUACAGUUCAUUCUGGAACACAACUCUGAUAGCCUUUUGUGGUCCAACAGAACAUGA